CAUCGCUUACGCCUCCGUCUCUCUCUCUCACUCUCACCCUUCCCCCGCCCCCAAGCCAGGCUCAUUUUAGCGAAGCAUCGGGGUAUAGCAAGAAGAGUACCAAGUUUUACAAUACCAGAGAGAGAAGAUGAGACCAGCAGUACCAUCUUACGCCGGGUGGGAAGAUUACAACCACCAGAAGUCCCAUUUUCUUGAGGCUUGUUUCCUUUGCGAAAAGCCUCUGGGCCAGAACAAUGAUAUCUUUAUGUACAGGGGGAACACACCAUUUUGUAGCCAGGAGUGCAGGCAAGAACAGAUAGAGAUAGAUGAGGCCAAAGAAAGGAGUUUGAAGAAGCUCUCUUCUUCUUCCAAGAGAGCCCCCAGGCAAUCAAAGCCGGCUGAAUCCACCAAGAAGCCAUCCAGUCCCAGUAAAGCUGUGCAGAGAGGCACAGUUGCCGUGGCAUGAUUAAGAUCCCUUAAUAACGCAACAACAGAGCCAAUCAAUCAAUCAAUCAACUAACCUAAGAAAAUCAUAGCUCGGUUCUUCUCCAUGACCUCUUCUCCAAGACCCAAUAAUAAUAAUAAUAAUAAAAAGAUUCGGCAGAUGAAAAGCGAAAUCAUGUGUGGGUAUCCCUGAGAGAGAGAGAGAGAGAGAGAGAGAGAGAGAGAAGAGGCGGGGGUGGCGAUUGAUCUGUAUCAAAGGCAGUUUUGAUCUUGCCUCUUGGUUUUUGCAACUUUGUUGAUUUUGAUUUUGAUUUUGAUUUGGUGGGUAUUUGUAGAAAAGCAUCCUUUUUAAGUGGAUUGGAUGUGGCAUGAUUUGAGUGUCCCUGUAAUGAUCUUUCUUUCUUUAACUGGUUCCCAAUUACAAUGGAAUGGUUGAUACGAAGAAUCCAUCAACAGACAGAUUGUUUUGGGCUUUUUGAAGAUA